AUGAAAAAAGGAACGGUGAUAUGGAAGGCCACCCAAGUAUUAACUCUUCAAGAUUCAGACCGCCAACACCACCGCAAAGACAUUCUCACACGCUUUCUCAAAAAAUCCAAUCCUUGCUACCCCCAACACCCCAUCUACAUCGGACCACCAACACCACCACAAGCAAAGGUUCAAAUUCCCCUUUCUCACAAGAUGGAAGAUCAAAAGAAAUUUUAUGGUGUGAGUGUGAAGAAGAAUGUGAUCGUGACAAUCUCUUCUUGUGCAUGGGUUUGCUAUGAAUCAGAUGGUGAAAUUGAGGCUCUACUUGAAUGGCUGGAAGAUGAUGAUGCAAAAGAGAAACAACUGAAAGAAAACAUUAAAAAAUGGCAAAGGAACAAAUCAACUGAUUUAAAUGAUGAUCACAUUGUGGGUCAAGUUGCACUUCAGUUUAGGUCAUUGGCGCAUCAAGGAUGUGUAAAUACUAUUGCUUGGAAUUCAAAAGGCUCACUAUUGAUAUCAGGAUCUGAUGAUGCUCAUGUAAAUCUUUGGAGUUAUGAAAGCCGCAAGCUUUUGCAUUCCAUUGACAGUGGUCAUAGGAAUAAUAUAUUUUGCACAGAGUUUGUUCCUAAAACAUCUGAUGAAUUGGUAGCAUUUGGAGCAGGUGAUACUGACGUUCGAAUAUUCAAUUUGUCUCGCACACAUGAAGAUACUGCUAGUAAUCUAUCAGCUCAUUUUCAAUGCCACAGCAGGAUAGUUAAAAAAUUAGCUGUAGAACCUGGUAAUCCGAAUGUUGUCUGGAGUGCCAGCGAGGAUGCAACUCUGAGACAGCAUGAUCUCCGGGAGGUCACUUCUUGUCCCCCUGUUGAGAACUCUGCUAGUCGCCCUUUAUCAGAACUGAGAACAGCUGAAGAACUUGAAGCUGCAGCAAGGGAAAAAGGGGAAUUCAAGAAUCAAGAAAGUGAGGGUGAGAUCCAUCCGAAUGAUGGAUUAACAGAAGCUAAAUAG